UCUCACGCGGUGCCCUCUUUUUUCUCUGUCUUUAUUUUACAUAUACUCUCUCUCCUCUCUCUCUCUCCACAUAUUCUUUCAAGUUUUUAGUCAAUUUUUUCUGGGUUUUCUUCUCUCUUUCAUUUUACAGUCAUGUGUAAGCUAAAAUUGCCGUCUUAUGCACCGGUGCCGACGACAAUGAAGAGCCAAUACCUAACUCCGAUGAACCAGAUCAAUGUUUCGGUCCCAAAAGUUAACAUCCUCUCAUAUAUCCUUCUAUUUGCAUUCGGAUUGACAUUUGGAAUCAUACUAUGUUUCUUUCUCAGUAAUUUCUCUGUAAAUCUUCAAGUAACCCAAUUUUCAUUCUCGGCUUCACCAUUCCGGCCGUUAUUAUCGUCACCGGAGAAGAUCAAUUUGAGAACCCAUGAACGCGUGGGACUGAGGGAUUACUUGAAGAGUCCGAUUGAAUUAAUUCAUGACAUGACAGAUGAAGAGUUGACUUGGAGAGCUUCGAUGACACACAAAAUUGAUGAGCUUCCGUUCGGGAGAGUUCCAAAGGUUGCUUUCAUGUUCUUGAUUAGAGGUCCGAUUCCUCUUGCUCCGAUCUGGGAGAAAUUCUUUGAUGGCCAUAAUGGAUUCUAUUCUAUUUAUGUUCACUCUGAUCCUGGUUUCAAUGAAACUGACCCUAAAAACUCUGUUUUUCAUGGAAGAAGAAUACCCAGCAAGGAAGUGAAGUGGGGAGAAGCAACCAUGAUUGAGGCGGAGCGUCGACUUCUAGCAAACGCCCUACUCGAUUUGUCAAACGAACGAUUCGUCCUCUUAUCGGAGGCCUGCAUUCCUCUUUUCAAUUUUCGCACGGUCUACUCAUACUUGAUCAACUCUACGAAGAACUUCGUGGAAUCCUACGACCAAGAGGGUCCGGUUGGUCGAGGAAGAUAUAGUCAAAAGAUGAGCCCAACCUUCACUAUAGAUGAGUGGCGAAAAGGCUCACAAUGGUUCCAAAUGGACCGGGCUCUAGCACUGGAAGUCAUCUCCGACCGAGUUUACUUCCCAGUGUUCCAAAAGUAUUGUAGUGGGCCGUGCUACUCUGACGAGCAUUACUUGCCGACUUUUGUGACCACAAAGUUCGCUAGUAGGAACUCUAAUCGAACGUUGACAUUUGUCGAUUGGGCAAAGGGUGGACCUCAUCCAACCCGGUUUUCAAGAAACGUUAGUGUGGAGGUUUUGGAAAGAAUGAGGGGAGGUAGUAGAUGCGAGUACAAUGGGAGGGUUAUGGAUUUGUGUUACAUGUUCGCUCGAAAGUUUGCACCCGAUGCCUUGGAUUCGUUGUUGACUGUGGUGCCCAAGCUUAUGGGAUUUAAUUCUUAGGCUUUAGAAAAUAGAAGUUUUUGAAAAUAUAUAGACUAUUCAUUCAUUCAUUUAUUAUUCAUUCUUUGCUAAAUAAGAAAUCAUUCUUACAAUAUUGCGUUUUUUGGGAAUUGUUUUGGGGACAAUAUUGUUGGCACUCAUCAUUGAAAAAUCAUAAAUUAUUCACAUAUUAAAAGUUUGGGUGGUUGUCAUAGAGAUUCCAAAAGCAUUAUAAUAUAUUUGAUAUUAAA